GCUCGCGCUAUUAUGUAGGCAUUGCUAAUUUCUAUAUAUCAUAAUCCAUGACAGGAGAUAUCAAAAGGCUUUGUAAUGGAGGUCACCAGAUCGCCGGCUGCCGCCCAUGGGUACGCUAGGUUUGCAUGUGAUUUUUGCCGGCAGAAGAAACUGAAAUGUUCUCGGGAGCUGCCUAAGUGUGGCAUUUGCAAGCCGUGGCCAGGAAAAUGUGAAUACUCACGCGACAUGCAAAAUCCAUCGGAUUUAAAGGGCAAUCAAAAAUCCCCAGUGGCAGAAAAAAAUGAUAUCGAAGAUCGGCUGCAAAGCCUAGAGCAGACCAUUCAGCAAUUAACAAGCUCCGUCGAGCGAGCUUUGCAGAACAUAGCCCCAGAUUAUCCGAGGACAGAAGAUAGCCCAGACCUCCGCCUGUCUCGCCGGGUGGCCAGAAGUGAGAAGGAAUGCCCCGAUUCGAGACUUUACAUCGGCUCGUCGCAUUCUUUCUCAUUUUUGAAAGACACCUCAACUAAUCUUGAGAUAUUUCAGCAGCCCUCAAACGAAAAUGCUCGCCGAAAUGCUUGUUCGGAACUUCAGUACCUCAACACGACAUUGACCACGGCACAGAUCCACCGAAAUAUUGUGGGCGACACCUCGACAUCUUAUUACGUACCCUCAAGAGCGGCAGGAUACCGCCUGAUUGGCCAGUUUUUGGAGAAUUCUGAGAUAGGCGAACCCUUCUUCUUUGUGCCGUCGGAUGAGAUUAUUAGUCAGGUCGUCUUUCACCCACAGAAAGUAAAGGAAAAAGCGUGGAUUAUUUACUUUAAUUACCUGUUGCUUUGUGAUAUCCGGACUGAGAAUCCUGACACCAUUGAGAAGGAAAAAUUCAGGCACAAUGUGCAACUUGCUCUUAACGAUAGUAGUAUAUUCCUCGAGCCACGUGAGGCCAACCUUCAGGCACUGGUCUUACUAGCUGUGCACGGUGAAGAUUAUGCUGCACCCAAUCUAUCCUGGAUGUUAUUAGGUCAUGCUUGUCGGCAGGCCGAAGCGCUCGGGUUACAUGCCCCGGCUCGCCAUAUAUCCGAAUCGCAUAAUCAGCGACGUCUAUGUCUCUUUUGGCUUCUUUUGGCAAUUGAUAGAUCGUGCUCUCUUGCAUUUGGCCGCCCAUCAUUUCUUUCGAAUAGUAUCUAUCACGAUAUACCUUUUCCGGACGAGAAUGAGUUACUUAGGUUUCAUCCUCACGACCGCCCGCUAAUAGCCAACCAACCAGCCAGCUCUCAUAUUUCCACAUUCGGUGCUCGGUUGUUGAUUAAGUCUUUCGAGUGGGCUAGAUUGAUUGGAGAUGUUUUGGAAUUUCUGUCUACAAAAAGAAAAUCGUCAAUUUUAAGAAGUGAAAUCAGGUCAAGGCUAGAAGAUUGGUAUCUCGAAACCGAGCAGACUUUACUGGAAACAAUGAGAGUUGAAAGUGCCUUUUUGAAUGCACAACAGGCCAGGGAGAUGCGUUUGGGUAUCAGCAGCAUCACCUUUCAGUAUCUGCAUGCCCUUAUUCUUCUACUAAAAGGAGAAGAACCUUGCUCAGAGCUUCGUCUAUCUUCAGCCCGGGAAGCUAUAUCUUUGUUAUCGUCUAUGGUGUCUAAUUGGAGCUCUGUAUACAACGGCGUCGUCUGGCAUCUAUUAUAUUUUCCUUUUACACCAUUCUUUGUCAUAUUUGAACAUAUCAUCAAAAAUAACUAUUCAACUCGAGAAGUUGAGCGAGAUCUAGCGCUGUUAUCUUCCACAGUGACCUAUUUUGCGGAAAUUCAAUCUGAAAUGCGCCUCCUAACAAUGGUAUGCUCCAGGCUGCAACAAGUCGCGGCCGUAUUCUCCCAGCUUGCACAGAUCCACGCCUCGCAAAAUACCCGAUCGCGACCCGAGAAUUUCAGACAGAUCGCCUCCUUAGAACGGAAUAAGCAAGCAGAAGAACCUACUCAUGGUAGCUGUGCUCAAGUCCAAGAGGUUAUUCCAGAUAUUGACACAGGAGACUUGGAUUUUGCUAGUUAUAUAGAGUGGCUUCCCAAUGAUAUGGAUGCCAUAUGGCCCAUGAUUGAUUCCGAAAGACGCAACUCUGCUUCUUUUCGUUGUACAACAGGCGGUAAUGGAACAUCCACCCCGCGCUUCCAGAACCGGAGAAACACGUUUGAUGGUAUGUUUGACUGGUUCUCUUGGGAUGCCUAUUACGCCGGGAACAAUAAAUGAGUUCAAAAUCAAUUGCAC